UGGGCACACCUACUUUUAAAGUUGCCAGCUGCUCCAGGAGCACUCGGUCAUUUCUUGUUGAUAGACGCUGAGCUCCGACUGUGCCAUGCAUUGGUUGGAUUUAUUUUAUCACCCGGUCUGGGUACUUUCUACGGCUGUGCUGGCGCUCGUGGUGCGCAUGCAGCGCAGAGGGAGCUGGGAUCCGCAGUCCUGCAGCGUGCGGCUGAAGGGGAAGACUGCUAUAGUGACCGGAGCCAAUACAGGAAUUGGGAAGUUCAUUGCUUUGGACUUUGCACGUCGUGGGGCCCGUGUUAUUCUGGCCUGUCGAAGCCAGGCCCGGGGGUCAGCAGCCCUUCAAGAAAUCAGGGAGAAAUCCGGAAACUCUGACGUCCACCUGCGUCUGGUGGAUGUGUCUUCUCUGGACUCUGUCAGGGAAUUUGCUGAGGGGAUUCUCAAAGAGGAGGAGGCGCUCCACAUCCUUGUCAACAAUGCUGCAGUAUCAGGCUUACCCAGGCAGAUAACCAAAGAUGGGUUUGACGCUUCUUUUGCCACAAACCACCUGGGACCAUUCCUCCUCACCAACCUGCUGCUGGACCUGAUGAAGCGUUCUGCUCCGGCACGCAUUGUCACCGUCGCUUCGGUCAACCACAAGAAGGGCGAAGUGGACUUCUCUCACUUUCACGGCGAGAACCUCAACUAUUUCAUGGAUAAUGUCUACAACCACACGAAGCUGCACAAUAUCAUCUGUACCAACCAGUUAGCACACAGGCUACAAGGGACAGGUGUCACCGCAAACUCUGUCCACCCUGGUAUUGUAAUGACAGAAGUGUUGAGGCACUAUCCCUGGAGUCUUCGUUUUAUUUUCAACCUCAUUGGAUUUUUCUUUUUCAAGACUCCAGAGGAGGGUGCAGUCAGCUCGAUCUUCUGUGCGUUGGCAGAAGAAAUGGAGGGCAUAACUGGAAAGUAUUGUGACAGCGACUGCCAAUUGGUCCUCCCUGCCCCUCUAGCUCGAGACACUGCCCUUGCGGUCAAGGACUUUGAGAUCUGUGAGAGGCUGACAUCAAAGCUCUGAGACAACUAUCAGGCAAACGGAGGCUUGAUAACAGAAAUGGGGUCAAAUUCCAUCCUUACUUACUACACCUCUUGAGGGAACAUUUGUGACACGGUGUGUCUUUAAAAUCAUCAGGCGAUGUUUCAGCAUACGGUUUGAUUUAAGUAAUUUCAAUCUCAAUUAAAUCAUGUGUUGAACGUUUGUAAAAUUGCAUGUAGCUUUCAUUCAGGUUUGUUAAUGAGUGAAAUUAAAGGGGUUUCCUGAGACAUGCUGACAUCAUGUGGCCAACUUAUACUGCCAUUGUUCUUCAGAAAAUGACAACAGAAGUUUAAUGUGUGAAGAAUCACUUCCCUUUUAUUGGAUGGUUCAUUAAAACACAAUAAAACAUUUGAGCAGUCAGUGCUUUUUGAAGAGUUUGUACAGCGUUCAUCCCCUGGUGUCUUCACCCUGGCUAUUUGGCUGUGGAGACAGAGAUAAAGAAAGAACAGCAUGAGGUUUUUAAUCAUAGCACUAUCACUUAUAAGUGUCUUUAAAUAUGUUUGAAUAAUAAAAGAAGAUACAAGGCCA